AUGUCCGAAUUGUUGCAGACUGUGGCCGGCAAACCGUUCAUCAUCAUGACGAUACCUGGUUUCCGACCUGAGCUGAAGUCAGUGAUGCUUUACUCCCAUACGGAUGUCGUGCCGACGAUCAGUGGAAAUAUGACCCAUAUUCUGCUUACAAGGACGAAAACGGCGACAUCUACGCUCGGUGGCGCUCAGGACAUGAAAUGCGUUGGGUCACAAUAUUUCGAGGCUAUUCGUCGACAUUUUCAACGUGGCCAGAAUAAAUGGCAAAGGACGAUCCAUAUUGUCUGGGGACCAGAUGAAGAAAUUGCCGGGCCGGAUGGAAUGGCCAAAUUUUGUCAGAUGGAGGAGUUUCGUGAGUUGAACGUCGGUUUCACACUUGAUGAAGGACUCGCCAGUGAGACGGAUACCUACAAAGUCUAUUACGCAGAACGCUGCACAUGGUGGGUAAAAGUCACAUGCUCUGGUUCACCCGGGCACGGGUCAAAGUUUAUCGAGAACACAGCGGUGGAGAAACUGAGACAUGUCAUGAACGAAGCGCUAAAGUACCGUGAAGAACAACGACGUCUCCUAGAAGACAACAGCAGUUUAACACUUGGUGACGUCACGACAUUGAAUUUGACAAUCUUGCAUGGAGGAGUUCAGACGAACGUUCUCCCGGAAAAAUUCGAGGCU